CGGCGCCGCUGUCAGAGAGGCAGGAGACCCGCCCAGGCAGCAGCAGCUUCUCUUCCUUCGAGUGUGGGCGGCAGCGGAGCCCGGGUUGUAGGCUACAGAACGGCAGUGGACGGGCUCUAUGUGACGUUACGCGGAAUCGCAGCAUUACCGCCGGUGUGAACGCCUGUCCCUCCUCCCGGCUCUUCAUUCUUCUGUAUAGGGAUCGGUGGCGGCCGCUCGGUGGUAACCGCGGCCCCUGCUGCGAGGGCGGCCAUGGACGAGCAGGCGGGGCCCGGCGUUUUCUUCAACAACAAUAACAUUUCGCUGCUGUCCGCUGCCGCUGCGGGGACUCAGGGGGCCGGCAAGGGAUUCGAGGCCGGGGCUGGCGAUUCGGCGGCCGGCGGUGCAGGAGGAGGCGGCACCGGGGCGGCAGGCAGGGCCCAGUACAGCAUCCCGGGCAUCCUCCACUUCUUGCAGCAUGAGUGGGCCCGCUUCGAGGUGGAGAGAGCGCAGUGGGAUGUGGAGCGGGCCGAGCUGCAGGCUCAGAUAGCUUUUCUCCAAGGUGAAAGGAAGGGACAAGAGAAUUUAAAGAAAGAUCUAGUCAGAAGAAUAAAGAUGUUGGAAUAUGCAUUAAAGCAAGAAAGAGCCAAAUACCACAAGCUGAAGUACGGCACAGAGUUAAAUCAGGGAGAUGUGAAGCCACCGAAUUAUGACUCUGACGAAACAAAUGAGGCGGAUGUCCAGCCACAACCACAAAACAGCCAGUUUAUAUGGAAACAGAGCCGACAGUUACUAAGACAGUAUCUGCAAGAGGUCGGCUAUACAGACACCAUAUUAGAAGUGAAGUCAAAACGGGUGCGUGCGUUGUUAGGGAUUUCUGCUGAUUCUUCAGAUCGAAUCACGGACACAAAUCAGGACUCCAUGGUAAAUGGCACAGAGACUGAACUUCCCAACCCACUGGUCAUCGGGAAGCCAGAUAUGACUGACUCUGCCUCUGUUCUCGAAACAUUUAAAUUUCUGGAAAAUGCUGCUGCUGAGUUCAGUGACGAAGAGGAUGAGGAUGACGAUGGCAGAGACAAGACCAUUAUAGAUGCUGCAACGAUUGUGAGAAGACGGGUCGUGCCUGAACCUAAUGAAGACAGGGACACAGAGGAGGCUUUGAAAGAGUUUGACUUCUUGGUGUCAGAUGAUACUGACGGUGCAGAAUCCAGGAGCGCUGGUGAUGGCACUGAAUGGGAAAAGGAAGACCAGUGCCCCAUACCGGAAUCCUGGAAUAUCGAUCAGGGAGUAAUAACCAAACUCAAGGAACAAUACAAAAAGGAGCGCAAGGGGAAAAAAGGGGUGAAGAGGCCAAACAGGUCGAAGCUUCAGGAUAUGCUGGCAAACCUUAGAGAUGUUGAUGAGUUACCAUCAUUACAGCCCUCUGUGGUGCCCUCCUCAAGACCUGCGAGCUCUCGACUCAGCGACGCAGAAGUAAACCGAACAGAUGAAGUUGAAGCUUUAACGUUUCCACCAUCAUCUGGAAAAUCUUUCAUCAUGGGAGCAGAUGAGGCAUUAGAGAAUGAACUAGGACUGGGAGAACUGGCAGGACUCACAGUGGCCAAUGAGGCAGACUCUUUAACGUAUGAUAUUGCAAACAACAAGGAUGCACUUCGAAAAACAUGGAAUCCAAAAUUUACUCUUAGAAGUCACUUUGAUGGAAUUCGGGGACUUGUGUUCCACCCAACAGAGCCAGUCCUUGUAACCGCAUCAGAAGAUCAUACGUUAAAAAUGUGGAACCUGCAAAAGACUGCUCCCGCCAAAAAGAGCACUUCACUGGAUGUGGAACCAAUAUACACUUUCAGGGCACACAGGGGCCCAGUACUAUGUGUGGUGAUGAGCACUAAUGGGGAGCAGUGUUACAGUGGAGGAACAGAUGGUGUCAUUCAGAGCUGGAACACCCCAAAUCCUAAUGUGGAUCCAUAUGAUUCUUAUGAUCCUUCAGUCCUGCGAGGCGCAUUUGAAGGCCACACUGACGCUGUAUGGGGCUUGGUGUACAGUGCGGCUCAUCAGCGUUUGUUGUCCGCCUCAGCAGAUGGCACCGUUAGAGUAUGGAAUGCACUAGAAGCUGCUCCGGCAUUAAGCAUAUUUAAUGAUAACCAAGAAUUAGGAAUACCUUCCUCUGUGGACCUAGUCAGCAGUGACCCAGCUCACAUGGUUGCAUCUUUUGAUAGUGGACACACAAGUAUUUUCAAUAUGGAAACACGGCAGAAAGUUUUAACAUUAGAGUCUUGUAUAGAAACAGUAUCUAGCUGCCAGAUAAACCGAGUAAUUAGCCAUCCAACUCUUCCAAUUACCAUCACUGCUCAUGAAGAUCGUCACAUCAAGUUUUACGAUAACAAUACAGGAAAACUCAUCCAUUCAAUGGUUGCACAUUUAGAUGCCGUAACAAGUUUAGCCGUUGAUCCAAAUGGAUUGUACCUGAUGUCUGGCAGUCAUGACUGUUCAAUACGUUUGUGGAAUUUGGAGAGCAAGACCUGCAUACAGGAGUUCACUGCCCACCGCAAGAAAUCGGAUGAAUCCAUUUAUGAUGUGGCGUUCCACCCAUCCAAGUGCUACAUAGCCAGUGCGGGCGCAGAUGCUCUUGCCAAAGUUUUUGUAUGACACCAUGCUUACCUGUAGUUUUUAAUUUACUGAAGCAGGCACAUGAAACCAGAGACAAGCUACUAAUGACUGAAGAUUUGAUUUAACCGGCCGUUCUAUUCUUCUUGUGUUCAAUAAUCAGGAUAAGAUGUUGUGGGCUUAGUUUUGCGGGGUGCUGUUUUCUAAAUGAAUGGUUUGUUCAGGGUGCUGUGAACUCGACUCGUGCUUGGAGCCAGGAUUCUGUCUUUCAAAUGACCUCUGAGCUACAGUAGCAGCAUUUUAUUUUUAAGAGUGCACAUUUGACCAGGCAGGCCUGGAUCAAACUAAUUUCCAACCUCUGGCGUAUUUUGCGGUUAUGGCAAAUGGGACAAUGUAAAAAAAAAAAAAAAAAAAAAACACCUGGCCUGUGGGAUGGCAAAUAACUACAAUAUAUGAAACACAUUGGGGCAAGUCCUUACCACUCCUCUUUCUCACUUACAGCUCCUGCAAGCGUAUUUGGUGGAAAUUACAGACCUCUUACUUGACAGUUCUCAUUGUGUAUCCUUCUCAUAGUGGAGCUGUCGAUUGAGAAAGGAAGCAUUUCUCAGACCAUUGGGGCUGCUAGUAACAAGUGAACUCAGUGUAAAAACAAGACAAAAGAACACACCUUCUAUUUUAACUGCUUUGUUUAGUAUCCGUUGUGUUGUGUUCUUUGAAUGUACUUCUGGGUAAAAUACCAAAAUAAAUUUCUAAAAGGGA